GGAGAACCACGUGCGAAGGUAACAAACAACCGUAAAGCGAGCACGAGGCGUGAUGUAUCUCACCUCCUUCAAAUCAAACGAUAGCCUUUAAACCGAUUAAUUAAAAAUAAAUAAAGGCAGAGUCCUGUAAUUAAGUUAAAUAGUAGGUUUUAGCGAUAUUUACGGCUAUGGAGCUCGUUAACGACCAGGGGCUGAGGAUAGACGGAAGGAGGCCGGACGAGUUGAGGCUGAUCAAGUGCCGGCUCGGGGUGUACGACCACGCGGACGGAAGCGCCUACCUUGAGCAGGGAAACACGAAAGUCAUCGCCACCGUUUUCGGCCCGAACGAGGUCCGCGGCGCUCACAAGUCCAAGGCUCAGUCGGAUUUGGCGCUCGUCAACUGCCACUACAGCAUGAGCCCUUUCAGCAAGUCGGAGCGGAAAGCGCCACGGGCGCGGGACAGGAAAAACACUGAAAUGACCAUCAACCUACACCAAGCUCUCACUUCGGUCAUUAAGGCGGAACUCAUGCCGAGAUCACAGAUAGAUGUCAUGGUCGAGGUUUUGGCAGCUGACGGUGGUAAUUGUUGUGCAGCUAUUAAUGCUGCCACUUUAGCCCUUAUUGAUGCUGGAGUCCCUCUGAAGGAGUACGUUAUUGCAUGCACUGCUUCAUUGAGUGACGACAAUGUCCCUAUGGUGGAUAUAAGCAAUCUCGAGCAAAAUCUUGGCGGCCCCUGUCUCACAGUGGCCAUGCUACCCAAUUCCGAACAAAUUGCUCUGAUCGAAAUGUCGCAUCGGAUGCACGUCGAACAUUUAGGUAAAGUGUUGAAAAUGGCACAGCAAGGUUGCAUGAAUAUAUAUAACAUUUUAGACGAAGCUGUCAAUCAAUCGUUACGAUCUGCAGUGCACUUUGAUCAAUGAUGUUUGAAUGUAUACAUUACUGCUUUGUAAAUAUACAAUUUUUUUACCAAUUA